AGAUCAUUCCUCUGCAAUGUCCAUCAUGGGCUGGUCUUCCUUCCUUCUGGCCCUCGCUUACGGUUCAGGUUCUCUUGCUCAGUAUGUGCUGAUCCAGCCACCAUCGCUCUCUGCGUCCCCGGGGCAAACUGUGGAACUCACUUGCUCAGGAGAAAAGUUUGAUAAGUACUUUGUGCACUGGUACCAGCAGAGACCUAACAAUGCCCCUCAGCUGGUUAUAUACAAAGACAAGGAAAGGCCUGCCGAGAUUUCAGACCGCUUUUCAGGAAACAGCUCUGGCAGCACAGCCACGUUAACCAUCGCUGAUGUCCAACAGCAAGAUGAGGCUGACUAUUACUGCCAAGUUUGGGAUCGUGUUGGCAGACAGAAACACAAUGCUACAUCCAGGAGGAGAAGUUCUAUUGCUCAAUAUGUGCUGAUCCAGCCACCAUCAGUCUCUGCGUCCCCAGGGCAAACUGUGGAACUCACUUGCUCAGGAGAAAAGGUAGAUGAGCACUAUGUGCACUGGUACCAGCAGAGACCUAACAAUGCCCCUCAGCUGGUUAUAUACAAAGACAAGGAAAGGUCUGCCGAGAUUUCAGACCGCUUUUCAGGAAACAGCUCUGGCAGCACAGCCACGUUAACCAUCACUGAUGUCCAACAGCAAGAUGAGGCUGACUAUUACUGCCAAGGAUCUUUUGCCCAGUAUGUGGUGACACAGCCCCCAUCAGUGUCUGUGUCCCUGGAAGAGAAUGUUCAGAUCACUUGUAAAGGGAACAGCAUUGGGAGCAAGGCUGUGCACUGGUACCAGCAGAAACCUGACAAGGCUCCUGUACUCACAAUAUACAACAAUAGCAACAGGCCCUCCGGGAUCUCGGACCGAUUCUCCGGCUCCAACUCGGGCAACACAGCCACCUUAAGCAUCUCCAGCGCCCAAGCCGAGGACGAGGCCGAUUAUUACUGCCAGGUGUGGGAUAGCAGCACAGCUCACAGUGAUGCAGGCAGAGGGGGAAAUUCCAACAAGCACCAAGGCUCCGGGGUCCCCCCUCGUUUCUCUGGCUCCAAAGAAGCCUCCAGUAACGCCAACUAUUUAACCAUCGCUGGAGCCCUGGCAGAAGACGAGGCUGAUUAUUACUGUGCCUUCCUCUUUCUCCCGCGCGUCAGCUGGGCAGCGGUGUUUGACCGGCUGCCUCGGCUUGCCGGCUGGCUCUGGCGCUGCGGCGCUGAGCCUGCACGUGGCUGCUUCCUGGAGUUCUCCCUCAUCGCCUUCCUUUUGUUGGGCCCCCUUUUCCCGCGCGUCAGCUGGGCAGCGGUUGCAGUGUUGCUUGCUAGCUCUGCUGCUGCUGCGCUGAGCCUACAUGUGGCUUUCUAUAGGACUUCUCACACUUUGCCUUCUGUUGUUGGCCCCUUUCCGUUUGUCAGCUCUUCCUGGAGCUGGCUGUUUGCAGGAUCUUUUGCCCAGUAUGUGGUGACACAGCCCCCAUCAGUGUCUGUGUCUCUGGAAGAGAAGGUUCAGAUCACUUGUAUAGGGGACAGCAUUGGGGGUAAGCUUGUGCACUGGUACCAGCAGAAACCUGACAAGGCUCCUGUACUCACAAUAUACAGCGAUAGCAACAGGCCCUCCGGGAUCUCGGACCGAUUCUCCGGCUCCAACUCGGGCAACACAGCCACCUUAAGCAUCUCCAGCGCCCAAGCCGAGGACGAGGCCGAUUAUUACUGCCAGGUGUGGGAUAGCAGCACAGCUAUCUUCGGCGGCGGGACCCAGCUAAGCAUCUUAGGUCAGCCAACAGCACCUCCGACUCUGAAUGUAUAUCCACCAUCCCAAGAUGAGAUGAAGACCUCAAACAAAGCCACCGUGGUGUGUCUAAUUGAUGGCUUUUACCCGAGUCCCAUCCAGGUUAGCUGGCAGGCUGAUGGCAGAGCCAUCUCGUCUGGAGUGGAGACAACCAAAGCCACCAAAUUGAAUGAUAAGUAUGUGGCCAGCAGUUACCUGAGCAUGCCUGUGGGAGACUUUGAAGAGUGUGACAUAUUCACCUGCCAAGUGUCGCAUGAAGGGAAGACCUUCCAGAAGUCAGUGCAGAAAUCGCAGUGUUCCUAUGAGAUGAAGACCUCAAACAAAGCCACCGUGGUGUGUCUAAUUGAUGGCUUUUACCCGAGUCCCAUCCAGGUUAGCUGGCAGGCUGAUGGCAGAGCCAUCUCGUCUGGAGUGGAGACAACCAAAGCCACCAAAUUGCAUGAUAAGUAUGUGGCCAGCAGUUACCUGAGCAUGCCUGUGGGAGACUUUGAAAAGUGUGACAUAUUCACCUGCCAAGUGUCGCAUGAAGGGAAGACCUUCCAGAAGAGAUGCUCAUUUCCUAUUUUGCCUCUUCUUGGAGUCAUGCCUUUGCACGGAAGGUUUUUGCAUAGCCGUGUUCCACUGUGGUACAUCUUCGGUGGAGGGACCCAGUUGAAUGUCCUCACUGAAGCCAAGACUCCUCCUACCAUACAUCUCUUCCCUCCAUCCUCUGAGGAGAUAGAAACCCAAAAGAAGGCCACUUUAGUGUGUCUGGUGGACGGCUAUUAUCCUGCCACAGCCCAAGUCACCUGGAAAGCUGACGGCACUGAGAUCUCAGAGGGAGUGCAGACAAGUAGACCAACCAAACACAGCAACAACCUCUUUGCGGCCAGCAGUUACCUGUCCAUGAAUGCCACCGAUUGGAAGAGACACGAAAUCUACACGUGUCAAGUUACACAUGAAGGGGAGAACUUUGAGAAGGCAAUCAAUCAUCUGGAGUGUUCGUAAUUCUUUGCUGUUUACCGUCACUGCCAGUUCCUGAAUCUUUGGAAAGUUGGGAUCAUUCAUUCUGGAAAUUUCCCAUAGUGCUGCUGGAUCAGUAGCAAAUACAAUACCAUUUCCAGAUACUUUUGCAACCCAUUAUGUUUUCUCCUCGGUAUUCUUUCUGCUUUCUUAGGCUGUAUCCAGUGUACUCUGUUCACUUGCACAAGGGCUGUUGCGCUAGCAGACGGGUGAGUUUUAAUAUCGCGCAGCAGAGGAAUCCAACCCAACAGUUGUGCUAGUGGAAACCCGUUGCAUCAAGCAUUGUGCAAUCUAUUGUGCAACCAAGUUACCAGCAACCUGCUUAUGCAUUCUCUUGCGCAACCAUGUUCCGCCAGCACAAAACUUAAGUGGCUUUAACUUAGCGAUACUCUGGGUACAACCCUGAGUCUUUGACACAGCCUCGUGCUAAUUAGUACACUGAUGUUCACAGAAGCAUUCAGUCAUCGCAGUCUCCCUUAUUAUGCUUACCCCCUCCCUUUUUGGACCCUUAUGUUGCUUCCAUAACCUGCAAAUAAAAUCUAAACAGUUAUCAUUCAA